UUUCCCCCCGCUGCCCUUGCUGCCAGCGCUCUCGGGAGCAUCGUGGUCUCUCCAGCCGCAGGGUCCCUCACCAGCUAUGUGGUAACCAGAGCUGAGACACAGAAAUGCUCCAACUUCUGGAUUUAUCUGGAGACAGGCAAGUCCCCACAGGAGCUUGCCAUGGCUGGUAGAGUGGCUCAGCCCGCAGAAAAUCCACCCAGCCCAGAGGAUGGAGAGAGCACAGCACCACUGGUGAGGAGGAACAAGUAUGGGGACAUGGUGGAGUAGCCAGCAGAGCACAGCGCACCGUGCUCGUGUCCUGCUUCGCCCCUUCCCACCUGCCUGACUGCCUGCGCCUGUGCUGCCUGAGAGGCUGGUGGGCUCCAUGGCACUGCCCGGGAGCUCGGAUGAGUCGAUCCUGCAGUGGGAGCGUGGUGGAGGCACCAUAGGGAUCAUUGCCUCCAUGUGGCCUCCGCACAUUGCACACAGAGAGUACAAUAAAAGUAAAGAGCUGAUAGUGCACAUUGUGGAUAAAGCAAAAGCUGGUGGUGGGACAGGAAGAGCUGGGGUGCAGGU